ACUAUAAUAAAUCCAAGUUCCUACCACAAUUAGAUCACAAUUCUCAUUUAGAUUUCCUCCGUAUUUUCAAGCCACCAUGAAAGCAAUCCACCACCCCCACCACCUCCUUGCCACACAUAUCCACCAACACAACCACCAACUAAACAAAAAUAGAGUUCCUAUGGUCUAUGCCUACCAAGAUGUUAAAACCUCAAAGAAAUCAAAUAGACUUGGUGAAACAUUGUCAAACCUUCUAAACAUUCAAAAACCAUACCAAAAGAUUAAUCCUCCUAGUACUCAUGAGUCUAAUUGGAACACUUUAAACAUUCAUGAAGACAAGGCCAACACACCUACCAUGUCCCCUAAAGAGGAUAUAUCUGAUCGAUGGCGCGACAUUCAUGGUGUUCAAGAAUGGGAAGGUCUUCUUGAUCCACUCCACCCAUUGCUUCGUCGUGAAAUCGUCAAAUAUGGUGAAUUUGCUCAAGCAACUUAUGAUGCAUUAGAUUUCGACUCAUUCUCGGAGUAUUGUGGAAGUUGCAUGUACAAUAGUCACAAAUUGUUUGACAAGUUAGGCCUUAGCAAGAGUGGAUACAAAGUUACCAAGUACAUCUAUGCUAUGUCACACAUUGAUAUGCCUCAAUGGCUUGAAAGAUCAAGAUUGACAUAUACAUGGAGCAAAGAUUCAAAUUGGAUUGGUUUUGUGGCGGUGAGUGACGACGAAGAAUCGCGACGAAUUGGGAGGAGAGACGUUGUUGUGGCAUGGAGAGGCACUGUGACACCUUCAGAAUGGUACGAAAAUAUGCAGAGGAAAUUAGAGCCAAUUGGGCAUAUGGACUCAAAAGUUGAACAUGGUUUUCUUAGUAUUUACACAUCUAAGAGUGAUUCAACUAGAUACAACAAAUCAAGUGCCUCAGAACAAGUCAUGAAAGAAUUGAAAUCAUUGGUGGAUUUUUACAAAAGCAAAGGAGAAGAAGUUAGCCUCACAAUAACAGGACAUAGCCUAGGGGGUGCACUUGCUCUCUUAAAUGCUUAUGAAUCAGCAGCAAAUUUUCCAAAACUUCCAAUUAGUGUUAUUUCAUUUGCAUCCCCAAGAGUUGGAAAUAUUGCAUUUCGAGACGAGCUUUACCAAAUGGGAGUCAAAAUUUUACGCGUUACAGUGAAACAAGAUUUAGUCCCUCGAAUGCCUGGAAUAGUUCUGAAUGAAAGUUUACAAAAAUUCGACGAUUUUACCGGGUCAUUAGAGUGGAUUUACACACAUGUUGGUGCUGAAUUGAAGCUUGAUGUUAGGUCUUCACCUUAUUUGAAAAGAGGGUUUAAUUUCAUAGGGAUUCAUAUGCUUGAGACAUACCUUCAUUUAGUAGAUGGUUUUGUUAGUACUAGUUCAACCUUUAGGUCUAAUGCUAAAAGGGAUGUGGCUCUAGUGAAUAAGGCUUGUGAUAUGCUUGUAGAUGUGUUGAGAAUUCCUACUUGUUGGUACCAAUUGGCCCACAAGGGGUUAGAGUGUAAUUCUUAUGGUAGGUGGGUAAGGCCCAAAAGAGAUCCAGAAGAUAUUCCUUCACCUACUAGGGAAGAACAGAGUGAUGAUGAACUUGUAUUGCAAGAAAUUAGUUAUGGAUUUUGAAUCCUUAUAUAUUUAUAAUAGAUGUUUAAGUUA